CUUGGACCUCUGGACCACACCAGCGCUGCGCGCGUGAAAGCUGCUCUCUUCUCCGUUGCAGUCUCCGUCUUAGCCUCUUCUCCGACAACAUCAUUCAUCAUGAAGGGCGAGAUUCUUCACCUCCACCUUGGCCAGGCCGGUGUCCAGCUGGGUAACUCUGCUUGGGAACUCUACCUGCUCGAGCACGGCCUCGGCGCUGAUGGUCGUCCCGACCCCAACGGCCCUGAGAUCGGCGACCCUGGCUCUUUCGAGACCUUCUUCUCCGAAACCAGCGGUGGCAAGCAUGUUCCUCGCUCCAUCUUCGUCGACCUGGACCCCUCGCCCAUUGACGAGAUCCGUACCGGCGCCUACCGUCAGCUGUUCCACCCCGAGCUGUUGAUCAGCGGCAAGGAGGAUGCCGCCAACAACUACGCCCGUGGCCACUACACCAUUGGCAAGGAGAUGGUCGAUAAUGUCAUUGACCGCAUCCGCCGUGUUGCUGACAACUGCCACUCCCUCCAGGGCUUCCUGAUCUUCCACUCCUUCGGUGGUGGUACCGGUUCCGGUUUCGGUGCCCUCCUUCUCGAGCGUCUUUCUACCGAGUACAGCAAGAAGUCCAAGCUUGAGUUCGCCGUCUACCCCGCUCCUCGUGUCUCGACGGCCGUUGUCGAGCCUUACAACGCUGUCCUGUCCACCCACAGCACCAUCGAGAACUCCGACUGUACGUUCCUCGUCGACAACGAGGCUGUCUACGACAUCUGCCGCCGCAACCUAGACAUCCCCCGUCCCUCGUACGAGCACCUCAACCGUCUGAUCGCUCAGGUCGUCUCUUCCAUCACCUCGUCUCUCCGAUUCGACGGUGCCCUGAAUGUCGACCUCAACGAGUUCCAGACCAACCUGGUGCCCUACCCUCGUAUCCACUACCCCUUGAUCAGCUACGCUCCCGUUGUGUCUGCUUCGAACAGCCAGCACGAGAGCUUCAAGGUUCAGGAGUUGACCUUCCAGUGCUUCGAGCCCAACAACCAGAUGGUCGUCUGCGAUCCCCGCAACGGCAAGUACAUGGCUGUCGCUCUGCUGUAUCGUGGCGACGCCGUCCCUCGCGACUGCAACGCUGCCAUUGCCGCGCUCAAGGCCAAGUCCUCCUUCAACCUGGUCGAAUGGUGCCCCACGGGCUUCAAGCUCGGAAUCAACUACCAGAAGCCUGUUGCCGUCCCCGCCGCCCCCGGCGAUGGCGGUCUCGCCUCUGUCGACCGUUCCGUCUCCAUGUUGUCCAACACCACCGCGAUUGCCGAGGCUUGGUCGAGGCUGGACCACAAGUUUGACCUCAUGUACAGCAAGCGUGCUUUCGUGCACUGGUACGUUGGUGAGGGCAUGGAGGAGGGUGAGUUCAGCGAGGCCCGUGAGGAUCUUGCUGCGCUCGAGAAGGAUUACGAGGAGGUUGCCGCCGAUUCGUUCGAGCCUGAUGAGGGUGACGCUGAGUACUAAGAGGUGAAAGACGACCCCGGAGAGUUGCCUUCCUCGCGUUUGCGUUUUGCUCUACACACUUGGAAGGGGAUCGGGACUGCGGCUGGGGGUGGAUCAUGCUUCUGCAGAACAAAAACCUGCAUUGCUUCCUGCCUUCUCUUGCAUCCUGAUAGCCUGUCGAGGUGGUGGUCUGGUAGAUUUCUUUGUUCUCCUCGUCCCCUCGUCGAACGACACGACGCUAGGCCUAGGAUUGAUUACCCCUUCUGAAAUCCAUUACCCAACGAAUGGAUCUUUUGUUAUCUGGAGUCUCUGUGAUUUUAAUAGAUGAGGACCAGGCUAGCGUUGUGGGGUCUUUCG